AUGUUCAAGAAGCUCAUUGCCAAAGCGACCAGAGACGAAUCAUCAAGCUCUACAGGAAGCGAUUCAAUGACAUCCCCAGGGUUUCCGCAAGUGCCACACGGACAGAUCAACCAUAAUACUACGAGCUCAGGCUUCUCCCAACAUGGACAACCCAAACCCAUGAACCAAGGAAUUAACACAUCUGCACCCAUGGCUCAUGCUUCCAUGGGAAAUGCUGCGACGCAUUCUCAUUUGAGUAUGCACCAAUCAAAGCAACAUCCUAUGUGGGCCCCUCCAUUGUACGCUCAGCCCACCACGAAACACAAAGCUCCUAACCCGAGCUGCUCAACCAUCGAUGUGGCUGGACUUCCUGUCAAUAUAUAUGGACUCAAUCAUCUCACACCUCUUUCCGCUGGAAAUGUUCCUGAAGUAUGUAUCUCCAUUCACAUGCACGGCCGGACUGGUUCUGCCAAAAAUGAAGAUGAACUUGUUCGCGAAUUAUGGCAAAAUACUAUCGGUGAGCGCCAGGGUCUCCAGGGUACAAAUCGCGUGCGUGACUUUUUGAUCGCCACGUUCGACCAGCGCAACCACGGCGCUCGCAUGACAAACAAGCUGGGUCAGCGGACUUGGAAGGAAGGGAAUCCAAUGCACGCCGUUGAUAUGUAUGGAAUGAUUCACGGCACAGCCUUGGAUGUGUCGUUCCUUGUCGAUAUGCUCCCUGCCUAUCUUUUUCCCGAGGGCGAACGAGUUGUGUCAUUGUUUGCUGUCACGGGCAAGUCUCUAGGUGGUCAUGCUGCGUGGCAGGUGCUUGCGCAUGAGCCGCGUAUUCAAGUGGGUGUACCCUUCAUCGGCACUCCAGAUUUUCAGAAACUGGUUGCUCAGCGGACGCGCUCUUCUGGUCUCGAAAAUGGACCACCACAAGUACCUAACUCCCUCCGUGUGCUAAUGAGACAGAUUGAUCCCGCUAUGCAGCCACACAGUGAAGUAACCCCACUCAACCCCUUCUUCGGCAAGAAAAUUUGCGUGUGCUCAGGUGAGGAUGACAAGCUUGUGCGAUGGUCAUUUUCCGAAGAAUUCGUCAAGAGUUUGGUAGUUGCACCACCAAACUCAGAAAUUGCUCGAUUGAGCCUGGAAGUUUUUGUGCAGCCUGAGACAGGGCACAAAGUCACUCCGGAAAGUAUGUACGAUAAUGUUGUUAUUCAGAAUUUUCCACUCACACCUAUCUAG